AUGGAGGAAGUGGUGAGGAAACGAUUCCGAGAAGAUUUGGAUGAGGCGGAAUCGGAUAUCGAUUCGCCGGCGGUGAAGCGGCUGAGGGAGGAUCUAUUGGACGGAGUUGACGACGACUCUGAUUUCAGCACUUCAACUCAGGAUCUCGACUCGUUCAUGAAGAGCUUUGAAGAGGAGAUCACUGCCUCGCCGGCGAAUAACGGAGUCGUUGAUUUGGCGACGCAUCCCGGAGAUUCUCAGCAAGAUCUAGGGUAUUUAUUGGAGGCAUCCGAUGACGAGCUAGGGAUUCCUCCUCCGGUGAAUGAGUGGAGCACUGCGUUGGUGACGGUUGAGUUGCGGGACGAGUUUUGGGAAGUUCCGGGUUACGAUACUUUCGGGUUGGGGUUUGGGGAAGUUGAAAAUGAAAAUAGUAUCGGUGAUUACGUGGCGCUGGACGGUUUGUUUGACUAUUCGGAUAUGGGAUUCGGGUCGGGUGAUGUUUUUUGGAGACCCGAAACGUUGCCCGCCCAGUAG